GUCGUCGACGGCAAUGCUUCGCACGCGUAUCCACUAUGCGCCGUUCAGUUACUGUUCGACCGUACGCGUGACGGGUGUGUUUGAGCGCAUCGAACGGCGAGUAAAACAGUGAAACGGCAGCGCAGCGCACAGCCAAACAGCAAAUACGGUGUUGUGUGAAGUGUGUGGCAAGGCUUGGCAUUAGCUGCUGAUUAACAUAAUUGAGACCAGCUGCUGGACGGCUGUUGGCUUUUGAUGAAAUAAAACGCAAAAGUAAAAAAAAAUGUUUUAUUUGCGAAAAAAUUGCAUGUUAAAUUCAAAAUAGUGAAUAAAAAUGAAAUAUCUGAUAUUUUAUUAAAAAUUUGUUGCAGUGUCGCUUGCGUGUGUCUAACAGUCGGCGAAAUCAACACACACCAGUUAAACAGUAAAAGUAACGGAUAGUGUGUUUACAUAAGGCCCCCAAAGGAUUAUUUAAAAUUAGCGUUCAAUUUAUAAUCUUUUUAAUACCAUUUGUGGAAAAAAAGAAAUAUACUUCAAAAUAAAGAAUUAAAUGAAGAAAAAUAAAAAAUUAAAUAAAGAAAUGUAAAAAUAACACCCUGUACGUAGCGGCGACGCCACACACAAGCAUAAAUAAGCAGCUGACAUGGUGAAAUCUACAGCUUCCUGCGGAAGUUAUUACGUUUGCGAAUGAGCUGCUGAAUGCGCAAGCGCAAUAUCACAAAAAAACUGUGAAUGAUUUAUUUCAAAACAUUUGAAGCCACUGAAUAAAUUAAGCACAUAAGUAACGGUGGAUUCCCAAGCGUAGUAGCAAAUAAUUGACAAAUUGCAGCAAAAAACAAAUCAGCAAAUGGAAAAAUUUUGUGCAAAUUGCAAAACUGUGUCAACUGCGCCAUAAAGUAUGCAACGAGCAAACUAAAAUCAGCACAAAUACACACACACACACACAUACGCGUGAAGAGAUAAAUGCAAACAGUUGACGAGAAUCCCCAAAGGUCAGAUAGAGUGAAAUUGCGCGCGAAAAAUUCGACUGAUUAUCAGCGAUGCAAAUGCAAGCGGCAACACACAGUUGCUGGUAUUUGUGCGGGUGGGAGUAAAUUGAAACUGCGAAAAAGUUAGUGGAAAUUAGAAGAAUGGAAAAAACAUAAAAGUUGAAAAUAAUAAAAAAUUGCAAAAAAUAAGAAAAAAAAAAUAAAAAUAAUUCAACAAGAAAGCAAAAAACUAAAAUUUUAAUGAUAAAAAGAUAUUAAAAAAAAAUAAAAAUAUCGUACUUUGAACCAAAAUUUUUUUUUAAAUAAAAAAAAAACUAAAAUAAAAACUAAAAACAAAUUAAAACAACAAUCAGAAUUAAAACAACAAAAAAUUCAUAACAAAAAUCAAAUACCGGAACAGAAUAAGUAAUCGAGCUGCAUGUUUCAGCCAAAACUAAAAUAUUUUUUCUCGCCCCUCAAUCGCAAGCUAAACGCCAAAACGUGCAGCAAGUGAAGUGAAAGCCCAAAGUGCGCGACAAUUCGGAAUAAAACGCUUGCAAAUUAUGCACAAUUGCUCGGGAAUUCAAAUAACGGGCAACCGCACAAAAAAACUGAAAAAUUUGCCGAUUAUAAAAACAAUAAAAAACAGCAAAAAAACAAAAAAUCUAGUUCAGUGAGUUGUGAAAAUGCUUUGGCAAGCGAAAACUAGUGAAAUUGUGCUGACUGCGCUAACUACGCGCUGCUGCAAUAGCACAAACAACAACAUUGUCGGGCUGCCAUAGACAUUGCGAAUUGUCGCCGCCGCGAAAACAAAACUACGCACGCGUGCGUUUGUCGGUUGCAUACACAAGUGACUGCGACAGCAUAACGGGAACGUGAACGAGAACGCGCUUAGCAUAAAUAAAAUAUUCUCGAUAAUUUCGAUGCAUGAAAUUUGAAUGAGGCAAGCGUACAAACAAAAAAUACUAACACAUACAUACAUACAUACAAACUAACAGAAAUAUUUUUGUGCUAGCGUAUGUGCGUGUUUGUGCCACUGAUAUGACUGAUAUGUUGUUGUAAAGUAGUUGUUGUAUGCAACAUUUCAACAUUUCCCAAAACUGAAACUGACAGUAGCGACAACAUUUCGAACAAGUGAUAACGGAAAAAUUACAACAACAAAAACUCAUUUGCAAACAGCUAACACAUGCACUAAAUGCGCUUGUGUAUGCGUAUGUGUGUAUAGUAAACGAAAGCAGCUGCCAGCGCCGCACGAGUGACUCACCGCUUGCCAAGCAGCGCACAAGUUACCGUUAGAGCAUAUUAAUAAUGCGCAUGUUUGCAUAUAUUUGCAGAAAAAUGAAUAGAGCGUUGAAAUGUAGCAGCUGCUGCUGAAAUAUGGCCAGCUGUAAACGUGUGUGAGCGACCCGACACAGUCGUUGUCAUAAAAGCGACAUUUGAAAUACAAAAAAAAAAAAUCUAAAAAUAAACGCAAAAAUUAUUGACAUUAAAAUUUCAUAGCGCACAUGCAAAAUGCUAAAAAUUUCAAAUCGUUGCAACAGUGUCAAUGCCGUGCAAAAUGUAAACAAGCAAAUCGCUUUUCCCUCGCCUAACAACAGUGAAGCGUUACGCUUGACCUCUCCGCUGACCAUGUCAACAAGCAACUACGUAGUGUAAACCAAAAAGUUGCAAGUGAGCUAGACAAACAAAACGGUAAAUAAAAAAGCUGAAAAAGUUUUGCGCUGAGCCACGAGUGAAAGUGAAAGUCGAAGUGCAAGUUCAACAGAAGCUGCAAAUAAUUGAAAACCUUGAAAAUAAAUUAAUUGAAAUAAGCUGUGAGUGCCGCUAACGCCCAGUUUGUUGAAGCGAAUUGUGUUUGAGGAAGUAGCAGGGAAAACAUAUUUGAGAUAAUCAAAAAAGUUAAACAUCAGCAGUCAACAUGCUGCCGCAGCGUUGCCUCUGUGGCAACAACUUGCUGCGCAUCACCAUGAUGGUAGUGUUCGGCUUGGCAAAUCUAAAUAAUGGUCUUACAUCGUACGUUACGCAGGACAACAUUAAUAAUGAACUACACCGAAAUAUAAAUCAAAAUUUAAUUAUGUCGCCCGCGUCGGCCGGCAUUUCCGGUCCCAUUGUGACGAGCAAUUAUAACGGGCCUGCGCCGCAGCCGCCCGCCCAGCCAGCCCCCGGCCACGGCAGUUUUCAUGGCAGCUACAGCGCCGCCUUCACAGCUUCAUCAGAUAUGCCUUAUCCGCCUUCUUCUAUUUCGGCGUCCUCAUCGUAUCACCAACACCAACACCAGCAGCAGCAGCAACAGCAGCUGAAUCUACAACAACCAUACCAUCAAACAAGUGGGAGUAGCAUAACAAGUUUUGAUUCGGCAAAUGUAAUUGAUGAGCGACACCAACAGCGGCACACCCAUCAACAUCAGCAGCAACAACAACAGCUACAGCACUUGGCGCGCCCACUGCACAAAGUGAUUGGCGUGGGGCUCGGCGGUGGUGCUGGUGUUGGUGGGUUAGAGCACAACAGCCUUGGCGAGGCGACGCUGGACGGCUCAGCCGAGAGCGCCAACGCCGGCUUGGAGGAGAUCUACGCCGCGCCCAUGUACUUCGGCACGGAGAACUCCACAAUUGUGACGACGCAAAUUGGCGCGUCCGCACAUAUACCCUGCACCGUGCAUCACAUUGGCGAUGGUGUGGUAUCUUGGAUACGCAAAAAAGACUAUCAUCUACUGACAGUGGGACUGACUACCUACAGCAGUGAUGAGCGAUUCAGCGCCACGCAUUUGAAGCAUUCCGAGGAUUGGACGCUGCAAAUAAAAUUUGUGCAACUACGUGAUGCGGGCGUCUAUGAAUGUCAAGUGUCAACCCAUCCGCCCACAUCAAUAUUUCUGCAUUUGAAUGUUGUCGAAGCGCGUGCUGAAAUCUCUGGACCGCCAAUACGCUAUCUGACACCGGGCUCUACGCUGCGCCUGCAAUGUCGCGUCGUGCAGAAUACGGAGGCGUCCGAGUUCAUAUUCUGGUAUCAUGACAACCGCAUGAUCAACUAUGACAGUGAUCGGGGCAUCAAUGUUUCGACGGAGCCAGAUUUCCAAUCAUCGGAGUUAACAAUACAACGCACACGCCGUGAGCAUUCCGGAAAUUUUACCUGCGUAGCCAGUAAUACACAACCUGCAAGUGUGUUGGUGCAUAUUUUCAAAGGUGAUAAUCCAGCAGCGAUGUAUCACGGUCAUGUGGGCGGAUCGACUAAAUCAUAUCAGACGCAUUUGCAUGGCAUUACGGCCAUAAUAGCCAUGGCUUACCGAAUAAUACAAACAUAUGUGCAUGUUAACCUGGCAUAAUUACGCUGACGAGCAGCAACAACAAAAAGCGCCACAAAAACGACAACAGCGAGGAACACACAGCAGUUAAGGAGCGAAGCGGUAUUUUGGUGCACGAAAACCUUUUGACGCUGCUGCACAUAAAUAACACGUGUUUACUAACAAAAACACACAUGAGUAUAUACGAGUACACACAUACAUACAUACUGUAGGUAUUUAUAUGGCUAGGCAUUUAAGUUGAAUAAAACAUCUAAUAAGGCAUAAUGUAAGCGGGCAUAAUGUUAGUUGGUCAUGGGUUCACGGGUGCUUGGGCGUUUAUGAGUGUGAAUGUGGGGCAAUUGUGUGGUGUGGUGGUGUGGGUGUGCGCGGUAAAUGUAAGCAUAGAAAGUCGUGUAGUAAAAAAGAAAUGAUAUGAAGUAGACGAUUUAGCGAUGAGAUCUGAAUAUACUUAAAAGCGAAGUUAGUUAUAUGAACAUAUAUGCCGAGUGUCGGUAUAAAAAUUGAGGGUGUGAAAUUGUAGCAAAUUAAUUAAACGAAAAUGGUAAAAAAUUAAAAUUAUUGCAAGUUUAUGUGUGUGUUAAGUCUGUGCUUUUCUAAAGAUCAUGGUUAUAGAAAAUUUGAAAAGUAAAUUUAGCAGAAAUAUAGUAAUUUUUUAAUACUUUUUUUUGAAAAAUUUCGAAAUAUUUUAGAUUAAGAUUUUUUAAUAAAAAAAAAUUUAUUUUUAUUUCCUUUUGUAUACGAUUCACACAACAAUAACAAUUUUGGAAAAUCUUGGAUUUUGUAAAUGUUUAUUGUAUAUAUUUAUGAAGUAAGAAAUACAAAAAAGAAAUAAUAAUUAAAAAUAAUUUGAUUUAAAACUUGCAAAAAUCCUUAGCUAAUCAUGUCCUUAAAAUCUAUAUAUGUAAAUAUAAAAUCAAUAAUCAAAAUAUAAAAUAUUAAAAAAAAUCAAAAUAAAAAGCAAAAAUUCAAAACUUUUUAAUAUCGAGUUAAGCUCUUUAGAUAAUAAAUAUUUAUAUAAUUUAGUAAUAUAAUGUGCAGUGUAGAGUUUAAAAAAAAGCUAAAUACGCAAACAAAUUAAAAGGAAAAUGUAUGAAAUAUUUGAUGAAAAAUUAAAAAAUUUGUAGGCAAAAAAAGAGGAUAAAGAUAACUAAAUGCAUAUAAAUAAAUUAAUUAAACUAAAAUAAUAUAAAGUAAAAUAAAAUUAAAUGAAAUAAAAUGGAAUAAAAUAAAAUAAAAUGAAAUAAAUUAAAAUAAAGUAAAGUAAAACAAAAUAAAAUAAAUUAAAAUAAAACAAAAUAAAAAACCAAAAUACAAUAAUAAAAAAAUAAAAUUAAAUUAAAUUAAAAAUAAAAAAAAAUUUAAAUAAAGUAAAAUAAUAAAAUAAAAUAAAAUAAAUAAAGAAAUAAGAUAAAAAAAUAAAAUUAAAUUAUAUUAUAAUUAUCAUAAAUAAUACGAAAUAAAAAAAUAUUAAUUAUAUUGUAAUUUAUGAUAUUAUGGCAAAAUUUUUUUAAUUGAAACUGUAAAUAUUACACUAUUAAUUAUGGUACUCAAUACUUCAAAAUAUUUUUAAAAUAAUUUUAUAAAUAAUUAUAAAUUUUUUUAUAGCUAAUAAUUAUUUUUUACCAAAAAACAGGCUCUUGUUUUCAAAUAGCUUUUUCUUCACGUACGAGUUCACUAAAUUUGCAUCGAAUUGCAACUACACUUUUUAAAUGAUUUUAGAAUUAAUUUUAUACAUAACUACAAAUAAAUGUUCUUCUACAAAUAUAUAUAAUUUAAAGGUUAUAGUUAUUUUUUGAUUUUCUCGCUUCCAAGUUUUAUUAAUUUUGUCCAAAUCGCGAUAAAAUAUUUUAUGAAUAAAUAUUAACAAUUUGAUCUUCCAACAUAUAUAAUUUAAUAACACAAAAGUUAGCUAAAUAAACUAAAAGAAAUUUUUUAUCUGUUUUUCUUCAAAAAAAAUUUUUUUUCGCUUCCGACUAUCCCCGAAAAUUUUAUAUAUAAUUUUAUAGACAAUUAAAAAUUAUUUUUUAAUCGCAAAUUAUAUAUAAUUCAAUAACAUAAAGGUUUAGUUAAAUUAAAACAAAUUAUUGGUAUAUUUUCAUGAAAAUAUUUUCACUUCUGUUUUCAUAAAAUUCGCUUUAAAAAAAUUAUUUAAAUUAUAAAACUCAUGCUUGAUGACUUUCAACGAAAACUGUUUAUGAU